CCAAAAAGGUGGAUCGUCGUCUUUGAGUCAACGCCUCUUUAUCACGAGUGUAGCAAGCAGGGAAGAAGGAGGGGGUCCUGAGCUUGCCAUCUUUUGUCAAUUGACAUCCACCCUCUCCUCUUGUCGCUUUUAUCUGAUGCUCUUGUGGAGCGAGCUUGGUCUGUCUCGAGUUGCGCGACAUGAACGGCUACGGCUCGCCGUACCUGUACGUGGGCGGCCCGGUUGCGCAGGCACGCGCGCCGCUUCAGAGGACACCUAAGUGCGCACGGUGCCGCAACCACGGCGUUCUAUCAUGGCUCAAAGGCCACAAACGAUACUGCCGUUUCAAGGACUGCACGUGUGACAAGUGCAUCCUGAUCAUUGAGCGUCAGCGCGUCAUGGCAGCGCAGGUUGCGCUCCGGCGGCAGCAGGCCAACGAAAGUCUGGAGAGUUUAAUCGCCGAGCCGCCACCUCAGCCGCACAGAGCUAUGGGCACCGGAGAGUUACGCUGGAGCGCCGAGCCCAUCAUUACAACACAGUCACCAACAGAUCUGAACGAUGACCUCUCGGGUGAGCAGUCUGGUGGAGAGAACAGCGGAAGCACCAGCGACCGAGAGCAAGAAGCUGCCAGCUCACCUGAGGAGCCCAAACCCAACACCUGCUUUACUCCUGACACCCCGGAUCCACCUUCUAAUCCUGAGGAGCCUCAAUACAUCUCACCAAAACCCUGUUCUGACCCAGAACCAAAGCCUGACAGUCCCAAAUCUCCCACUGAGCAGAACCUGCUAAUUGAAGGCCUGACAGGCUCUGUCUCCCUGCCCUUUAACCUGCGAGCCAAUCGUCCUCCUCUGGAGGUACUAAAGAAGAUUUUCCCUACCCACAAGCCAGCUGUUCUGGAGCUGAUCCUUAGGGGUUGUGGAGGUGACCUGGUGGGUGCCAUUGAGAUACUCCUCUCCAGCCGCUCUACUACAAAAAUGGAUAAGCCCUCAUCAGAAAACACUGAGGCUUUAAUCUUGCCCUCCAAUGGCCAUCUUUUUGAGCCUCUUACCUCUUACCCAGUCACUUCCUCCAAAUGGUCAGUGGGUUCGGCCUUCCGCGUACCAGAUUCACUCCGCUUUACUCCAGAAUCACCAGGUGGGGUGAUGCCGACUCCCUUGGGUGUCCCGCUGCAGCCUAGCUUUCCCCAGGCACACCGUUACCCACUGAUGCUUCGCAACUCUCUGAGUCGUGGUCAAGCUGGGCCUUUUAUGUCCAAUGACAUGACUUUGUGGAAUACCAUGAGCUUACAGCAGCAGUACCAAUUCCGCUCGCAGUAUGUCUCGCCCUUCUCGGGGCCGUCAUUCCGUGGAUCACCUCUUCUGCCCUCCAGGUCAGCUCAAGAGGAGCAGCGCAUGAGCAUUCAGGAGGAUGCAACGAAACACACAGUAUAUACUGCCGCUGACGAGGAGUAUGACGAGAGAUCUGACUCCUCAGACUCGAGGAUCCUUAACACUUCUUCUUAACCUUCAAAAGAGGCAAACAUACCAAAAAUGUGUUAUGAAUAGGCUGAGAAUGACAAAAGAUAAACGGCAGACGAUGCCUGUGUAGGAGCUUUGUGAAACCUGUGCUGUUCAAUAUUUGAGAUAUUGUGUUGCUCUUAUGGUGAAACAUGUAAAGAGUUAGUCAGCAACAUCCACCAAAAAUCCUGAAGAUGACUGAACCUAAAUGACUGAAUAUUAGUUUAAUAAUUACCACAAAUUCCUCCUUGCAUGAAAUGUACUGUGAAUAGUAAUGCAGUGUAGAAAUAGGCAAACAAUAUAAGCAUGUAAAUGGUUAUGCCAUAUACCCAGUCUGAAUUCUUAUUGUCAUUUAUUCACAUGAACUAAAUAUAGACAGGAUGUGUAUGUUAAUAGGAAAAUUACAUUAAGUGGGAACUGUAUGUUAUUUAAAAUAUUACAAUAAACUUGUACUUACAAAAUUUGUAACUUACAAAAAACUUUCAGCAAAUUUCUGUAUUCCUGGAAAUACUUGUUAGGUGUAAAAUAUAACAGUCUAAAAUAAAAAUUGGAUGAUUUUUUUAUACUUGUACCUUAAAGAACACCUUUUAAAUUAAUCAAACACAGAAACCAAGAAAUGUAUUUAAGCAGUGAUAUGACAUUCAUCUGCUGGACUGACCACUGAAAUUGAACUUGAACAGUUUGGUGAUGAUGUCAACUCUCGACUGUACAAAGUAAUAUAUCUACAUUAAUAAAAGCAGAAUGUGAGAAUA